CCUCACAGAGAGUGUUUCCGCUCACCUAAAAUAAAGAGCUGACGAGCCGAGGACGCGGAACAACGGAGCAGUACUGACAGAACUAGACGACGAAAACAUUAUAUUUUUGUUUUAUUUUGCCACAUUCUCGUUUGGGUGUCUCCAUCUGAACAACCGUUAAUGCCUCGAAUGUGAACGAGAGAGAGGGGAGAGGCUCGCUGCUGGUAACCUUUACGUUGGUUAAGCCGUAGAGGACUCUCGCUGGUCGCCAGAAGAAAAGAUGUGCGAUGGAAUGGUAGCGUUUCAGACGAGAGCCCUGUCCUCCUCUUCUUCUCCCUCCACCUCCUCCUCCUCUCUAGCCCACAGGCUGGCUGCCUCUGCGCUUCUCCUCCUCUUCGCCCUGCUCCCUCAUGGUCACGCAUCAGGUUGUGCGCGGCCUCCCGGCGUGCAGCACGGAGACCUGCUGAACCAGACCGAAGCUAACCGGGGAUCUUUUGCCCCGGGCACCCUACUGACCUACGGCUGUGAGCCAGGCUACACUGCAGAUGGACCCACCACCAUCAUUUGCACCAGUUCCGGAGCCUGGUCCCAUCAACCACCACGCUGCAUCAGAAGUAACGUGUGUGCACCCCCCACUGAACCAGAGAACGGGGGCUACCGCUGUCACCCAUCUCCCUGCCACCGCCUCACCCAGAAGACCGUCAUCGAGUACUUCUGUGACGAGGGCUACGCUCUGAAGGGAGACUACAAGUUCCUCACCUGCCAGAACGGCGAGUGGGACGGUCCCAUGCAGAUUAGCUGCCGACUAACGCAAGACAAAGAGCCAACUUCUCCGCUGGGUAUACCGGCUCUGUCUAUUGUGGCAUCCACAGCAAGUUCUGUGGCACUCAUCCUGCUUUUAGUGGUGCUAUUUGUUCUUGUCCAGCCAAAACUCAAGUCCUUCCAUCACAGCAGGAGGGAGCAGGGAGUCUCAGGACAGGCCAGUUCCAUCAUGGUGGAGGGUGUCCAGGUGACACUUCCCUCCUAUGAAGAGGCUGUAUACGGAAGCAGCGGACCCUGCGGUGCUUCUGGUCCUCCUCCUUCUCCACCACCUCCUCCUGCUCCUCCAGAGUCUCGAGUCCCCAUCGUGCUCUCUGAGGGGCUUCCUCAGGGGGCCACGGGAGGCCAAGGCCCCAGAAGAACCCGCCACCACAGAGACUUAGACUUCUGUCUCCCAUCCACCUCCUCCUCAUCAUCCUUCUCCUCCCGCCGUCAUGCAGAGACGGUGCUGGUACAUCAGGCCCCCUCUUCCUCCUCCUCCUCCUCUUCAUCAUCAUGGGCUAGAGAGCACCCUGGGGGUGCAUGUGCAGGCCCCCUACCUCUCCGUAGAGACUCUGAGAGCAGUGACCAGAACAGUCUGCUUUCUGUUACCUCUACGGAUGAAUUUUCUGAUGAUAUUCCCCUGCUGAAGGAAGCAUGAAGCUUGCCAGCCUGCUAUCAGCAUCGGCAGCAGAGCCCCUCUUUCAGUAUCUGUCACUGCUGACCAGGACUGACUGUGGCUGUCAACCUACUUCCCCCGACUCCCCUCAGCAGCCAGCAGAGAAAAUACUAGAACUAUGCCCAUUCCCUAUUGCAACCUCUUCUACCAUUGCUACCCAUGCAGAGCAAAGCCAACAACCAACACUCACUGCAUCAUAAGCAGUGAUGGAGCACCACUGGACCCAGCUACUGGAUCAGACUAAAGACAAGUCAGACAAAUAAAGUGGGGCCAGCUCAACAUAAAUCCUGUAGAUCCUAUGUAUAUGAGUAAAACAUGCAUACUGAGUCAAGGUUGUGUACUAUAGGCUAUGUACUACCAUACACUUGCCUCCUCCCAGGUGUAGUUCUCUAUAUUAACAUUGCUCGCAAUCGAGACACGUCGACUCUGUCUGGGAUUACUGUGGAUAAAAAAAAAAAAAAAUAACGUGAUGUUCGCUCCUGAUGCUGUGGAGCUCAGAAUCAGAACCGUGUUCCCGCUGUACUUGAAAAGUUGUGAGUGACGGGCUGGGUUUUUAUGGCCCUCUUUGUGAAUGCUGCAUGUUGUUUUUAGUUAUUGCUGUCACAGCACAGUCCGAAUGAAGCAUGAAGCCUCCUCCGUCUCUCUCUAGCUGUCUAGCUAUCUGUGUAUCCGGUUGGCGUCUAGCAUAUGGAUUAGUGGGAUUGCGAACCACUUCACAAGAGCUAAAAGCAGGGUGCAGCAUUUUACGAAGCACCAUAUCACAGCUAUAAAAAUACCUGCUCCUUUCUUUUCUGUUGCCAGCUGCACUCAGUAUCUGGAAGGUGCUGCUUCUGUCGCAUGAGUGGGAUUGAUUGGUGUUUUGGUUCCAGGACUGUGCUACACAUCUUACUUGUAUAAGGAAAGGGAGACAUGAUGUCACAUUCUGUCUGAAAGCUGAGGAAAGGGUUGUCUUUGAACAUGGUGACUGGGCACACUUACAGGUUGUUUGUGUUUAAUUUUCUUCCCACUUAUUUAUUGUUUGGUGUGUGGCUCAGUUUGCUCUGAGUUGUUGAAUCUGAGUCCAUGUGUGUGUGAGUGUGAGUGUGAGUGUGUGUGUGUGUGUGUCUGUGUGUGUAUCUUUGUGUGUCAGCUAGGCAGGAGAGGAUAUGUCCUCAUAUGGUAGGCCUCGAUACAGCCAUUUCCUGAUUUGCCUCUCUUCAGAUCAGAGGCUGGCUUCACAAUGUCCCCUGUCUUUCACCAUAGGAAAAUAUCCCUCCCAGCGUUGAAUUAGUCACAUGAACAAACCAGCGUCACUUCAGGCAAUGAGUCCACUACACAAUGUGUGUAUUAUUCAUGCACUCUCAAGCUAGAAUAUUUAUAAUUUUCUGCUGAAUGGCUGGAAAACACAAGUCUCCUUAGAGGAACUGGCUCUCGCCCACCUUCACACUGAACUGAAGACUCUCCACUUUUGUGCAUUAUUGACACAACUGCAACUGGUUGCAGUGAAAUGAUAAAGUUUUUGUUAUAUAGCACCCCACCCCCGCCACAUACACUCACUCAUCCCUCUAAUGCCAAGUGCAAAGUUAAGAGAGAAUCAUGUUAUUUUGUUAGAAGUCAUCCUCUGUUUUCAUUGCCACUUGGAAAGCUUUGGUGGUUGAGCUGGUCACCGUGGAAACAGCAUGACUCAGAUGGAUCCUGAGAAUCACUUUUCAAGCUUAACGGCUAAGAAAAAACACAACACGACGACCUGAAUUUCUGUUGUCAAUUUUAUUUGGCAUUCGUGGCUGUGUGUCAUUGUCAACGGCUACAUUAUUAAUGCAAACAGAAUGUUGCCUUAGACUUGUACAUUUUCUUUUUCUUUUUUUUUUUUUUGAUGUAUAAUCUUAAGCCUCCGCGUUGGUUGCUUUACGAUAUUGCAACAUGUUCUUUUUUCCCAAUGGCCUUACUCUGUUCUUUUCUAUUCUAUGCAUAAACUGUCUUUGUGUAUUUAUCAAUGAAUUUACUUCUGUUGUGGUGUGGACACGACUAAACGAAUGUCCAUCCCUCUCUGUCCUCCCCUAGCUUUUCCAGCUACUGUGAUGAUGAUGAUGAUGAUGAUGAUGAUGAUGAUGAACCUAUAAGUACCUAUAUUUCACUAUUCCUUUGCUUCUCUUUUGCUACAAGGCAUUAAAAAAUGAUGGGAUUGAAAAGAAAAAAACUGAAAUUAACUUUGCGUUCAGAAGCACUGU